AUGGAGAUCUAUUACGGCCAACAACCUGACGGACCCUACAAACAAAGUAAUUCUGCAGAAGAUAUUGUCAUGCGAAUUUCAGAGCCAAUUUAUGAAAGCGGAAGAAAUAUUACCACAGACAAUUGGUUUACAAUUUUAAAGCUUGUAAAAGCUUUGGAAAAGAAGAAAAUAUCGUGUGUUGGAACUGCCCGGAAAAACAAAAGAGAAUUGCCACUAAGUUUUGCUUUGCCAAAACGUACAGUACAGUAUGACGGCAUUUUCGGUUACGCAAGAAACGAAACCCUUGUCUCCUACGUACCAAACAAGGGUAAGACUGUUGUAUUGCUAUCAAGCUUGUAUACGUCAAACAAUGCAGUGGCAGAUAAUAGGGAACGAAAACCAGAAAUUAUUGAACACUAUAAUAGUAUAAAAUCUGGAGUGGACGUAGUGGAUAAAUUGUUGUACUACGUACAACGUUGCCAAAGCAACAAGGUGAUGGCCGAUGGUCAUCGUAUCAUCUAUUGA